UUCACACGCUGCGGGCCCAUCAUACUUCCCGCACGUCGCGAAUCAAAGUUAUUGUGGCAACAUCAUUACCACUACCUAAAACCGCAAACAUUACGAUUAACGCAAAUCCAAAGGCGCCGAUUCGGGACUUUCUCGAUCCAUCCGGUGACAAAUUUUGAAUUUGGAAUUAAUCGGCAGUAAAACCGAUAAAGAUAAAUUAAAAUCGAUUUUCGCGAAUCGUGGUAGUGUGAGUUCAAUGUGCUUGUGAUGUUUUGGACAUUUUGGCUUCUGCUGAGCUUGGUGACAUGAUAUGAUGAUCAAUUUGAGUAAUCCCAAAAACAUCGUAUGAAGAAAUGGAGGGAACACAGAAAACGGAGAAAAAUGACGACUACUGGCUGAAAAUGGAAUGACAAAAUUACCAUAUUACUUGGUUCCAAUAACAUCUACAAGAUGGCAUUGUUACUAAUUUUGAUUAUGGCGACGAGCACUCUUAGCGCUUCCACGAACGUCGGAGAGAUGGCGCUAGCAAACGUAACGAGACUAGCAUCUGGCGAUAUUUUUUCGCUUGUUGGUACGGACUGCGGGCCUACUCGUUGUAUGGAGGUCUCACACGGAACAGCUUUGGCUGCUAUGGGAGGUGACGGAUGCAUGUGCAAGUGUCGCAGAGAAACUCCAGCCUUCAGGGAAGACCAGCGGAUCUGUAUAAACCAUAUCGAUGAAUGUUCCAUGGCAACGUUUGGCCGCAGUGCAACGAAACCUGAAAUACCAUUUGUCUUUCUUCCUUUGAAGGGACAAAUUGUGUAUCCUUCAAAAGAAAUCAUAUUUACAGAAGUGAAAGACGCGGUAUGCGGUGUGGUAAGCGCACAGUACUUGUCGCCAUCGGGAUGGGUGACCCUGCGGGACGGGCUCGACAACGACGUGCCCUUUAGCGUGUACCGCGACGAGGGUAGCACCUUCUUGCAGUGGAGGGGCUCAGCAGCGCUGCACAGCAAGCUGGAGGGCCGGCUGGUGGCGGCCCACGUGCUGUGCUCCACGCCGGAGCAGCAGGUGGCGACCUCGUGCGCCGCCUUCAGGGUCGCGGGCGCCUCGCACACCUCUCUACUCGAUGUACGAUCGAUUCCAUUCCACGCCGGAGAGGCUGUAACUCCUGACACUACUCAGAACCAAGGUCUGAGUGUUUUGGAGUCCCUAGCCAUUGGGGUUUGCGCUCUAAUGCUAAUUUUUAUAUAUGCCGCUGGGAUCAUAUUCUAUGUGCAUUACAAGCAAAGACAGAAGCGUAGAGAAAAAGAUCCUGAAAACUCUAACUCAAUGGAAAAUGGGUCUAUGGAUUCUAGGAUGGAUAUGGAUAAUGUGCAGCUAAAAACUAAUCCACUAUUGAGCAUGGGAAACGUGAAUGCAGGAUUUUGCCAUGAUUCUGGUUUAUCUGAUGUCAGUGAGCAUACAGAAGAAACUCUUGACUCUUCUCCAAACAAUACACAAAAGUUUCAGAAACCAAAUUCCAAUGUCAUAGCAGCAAUAGUUCACAAUCGUCGUAAGAAACCAACCAGACCCUCAGUAAGAGCAUCCACUACUCCUGAGAGAAUCUCGGAAAGACUUCAAAGACGCUCUGCUUCCCCUGACACUUUUGAAAGGGCACCUCAUUCCGAUCUGUCUAUAAUUGAUUGCAGCAUGGAAGGGAAUUCAGGCGCAAGACAACCGCUUCAGUCUUCUAAUGGUGAGCCAGCAUUGAGGAAGAAGCUAUACUUUAACCCGGUUUUCUUCGAAACAGAACAUUUAAAGAACCCGCCACCAGCUGCAAUUGAAUUCUUGAUGAAAAUAAGGGAAAUUAUGUCCAUCGCCAAGGAUAAGAUGAUUUCAAAAAGAUUCAUUCCAAUGUUGUCAGAUAUUCCUGAAGAGGACCUUUAUCACUCCAUAGAUCUCGGCUGGGACUUACCUUGUGCUCGUCGUGGUCGGAGAUUUAGUGCAAUUAGUUUAAAACAAGAGAAUAGUAGGAGAGCUAUCCAUUGUGGUGGAUGUCCUGGAUGUGACAGUAAUAUGAAGAGUAAGAAAUUGACAAGAUCUAAUUCUUGCAAAACAUGUGUUAGCGACGACUACAAACAGAGAAUCGUUAGAAAAUGGCUAGAUGAGGUGCCAUCUCCUUCUCCCUCUAUUAAACCUAUAAAAUCUGUCGCUAAAAUUAGUGGAACUCCAAGAAUACUAGAGACAAAACUAAAUAGUGAAGUUCGUCCACGUUCGGCAGAACCUCUAAGCAAUGAACAAAAUGGUCCGAUGACACCUGAAGCUAAACACAAACAAAAAUCGAAUAAUGAAAUUAGAAAUGAAACAGUUGAAAUAAUUAAUGAUGACAACAUUAUAAAAUAUGAAAAUGAAAUAAGUAAAAAUACAACCCUUCCAAACACAAUAAAAAUACAUGAUGAGAAAAGCCCCUCGAACCAUAUAUCAAGACGUAUUAGAAAGAAACUUCCACCACCUCCACCACCUCCCGUAGACCCACCGGAACCAAUCAGAGGAGAAGAUGAAGAAGAAGUUCCAAUUUUGCCCGAAGUUAAACUCAAAAUGGAAGCAGUGAUCAGAGAACUUAGUAAAUGCCGUAGGCCGGAACCAAAAGAACUAGACGAUUUGAAAAUGGAAACAGUUACUCCAAUACCACCAAAAAUCAUAAUUCCAGUUGUUGCAGCCGAUUCUCAUUAUUAUAGCGAUGAUAAUAUGCUCACUGAUAAACGCAAAAAAGAGCAACUUCUGCGUAAAGACAUUUAUAAUAUAGAGAUCGAUAGCUUGGACAGAAGCAUUAUUCAGAAACACCGCCGAUUUUCUUUAGCUUGUGGCCCAGAAUUAAAUCAGCUAAGUCUGUUAGAAUUUCAGCAAAAAAUGCCAGUAUCUCGUGGAAGACUUACAAGUAGCUGGCGAGAUUUAAAGAAAGACGAUUAUCAAGAUCGUAUGGAUAUGAUACAACCACGUUUUGUUAAUCGUAGCGAGAUAUUAAUUAAUAAUUGUGAACCAAUAUACGACAACAUAACAAACCUUGGGCCUCUUACUAUUAAAGUGAGUGGUUCUCCAGUAGAAAAUAGACGUAAUAAAGAUUAUGAAGAUUUUGAUCCUGACACUCUUGAUAGAAAACCGAAAAGAGAACCGGUUAAGCGCGUGGAAAAAAUUCUCUUAAAAUCAGGUGGAAGCUUCAAAUAUAAAGUGUCCGCUCCAAAUGAAAAUGACAACAAUCCUCCUGCAACAACUAUUCAAAGUCCUCCAGAAGAAAUAUUUAACAGAAAAAUUGGUAGUCUAAGACAAAUAUAUGAGAUGAAAACAAAAGCACAUACUGAAAUGCAAUUUUAUAAUAGACGUGGCAGCUUACCAUACACUCAGGAUGUUGCUGGUUUUGUAAAAUCUCUGAAAACUCCAGACCUGAUUCGACAACUUGAGACUCCAAGGGAUCCUAAGCCUCCAAUUCCGCCAAAACAAAGAAGAGGCUCUGAAUUAUCACCUAAAUUCUCUCAUUCAUUUAGAGAUAGUGCGUCCAGUGAAAGGAGGCGUACUUUGGAAGAAAGGGAUCGCUUUCCUCCAUAUACAAGAAUAGAAAAUAUAAACGCUCGUCGUUCUGGCCGUAGAUCUGCUCGUACUAGGUCAAGAAGAACAGACUUGAGAAAACUAUAUAGAACUGAAGAUUCUGGGUACAUGAGCACAGACUCCAAUGAAUCUAAGCGUAGAGCCAAAUAUUUAAUGCAGUUGAAGCCUAAAAUUAUUCCAGAGCCGAUUUCAGUCUCAAGAUCGGUAGUAAGAACACCCAUAUUGCCAAUGGAAUCAGAUACUGAUGACUUGGAGUCGAUAUGCGAUGGCCGGAGUGAAUCUGGUGGAGAAAGUGUAGAAACAGACUCAGUCUUUUUCGGGAACUUUGAUGAUACGAAAGAAAUGUUUGCCGAAUUAGGUCUGGGUUACGAUUUGCACAAGAAAAUGAAUAAUGGCCAUGAACAAAUUGAUUCAGGGUUUAUGGGUGAGACAAAUAUAAUUCUGAGUGGCGAUAGCGACUCCGAGCAUAGAAGUGUUAUUUCUAUCAUAACAGGGCGCGAUGGACGCGCUUCAUCAGCUUCCGUUACCAAAUUAGAUGAUCCGCCAUAUAUCCAUUCAGUGGAAUGUUAAAAUAUGUAAAUUGUAAAUUACUCGUUUGUAAAUACACGACACUGCCAAAUCAUUGAUAUUGCCAUUGAAUAUUGUUUUGUUGUUAAUUCUAAUCGUGAUCAUAAUUGAAGCUUUAUUGUAUGAUUUAUUUAUAUGGCUCACUAUUAUAAUGUAAUAUAUAAAACUGUUUACAGUUAAAACUAAUAUAUGUAAGCUGUAAUUGUAUAAUAUAUAUUGUGCGUCCCGAAGUCACCAAAAUUUUACCUCAGUAAUAUUUAAUUUUUCAUUUUGUAGGUGUGAUUUGUUAUUAUCAACGUAAUUCGUUAGUCGUAAAUAUACUAUUAUUUAUCUCAGAUUGUUAAAAGUUUUAUUAGAACCACAUACAACCCACCAUGAAGUACUUAAUUUUUUGUUCUAGUAAUCGUAAUAUUUUAGUAUUAUUAUCCCAAUAUCUCUUUAAUGCUAGAAAUACACUAUCGGCGAACUUGCCUGAAUAAGAACACGAAUCAAUGUACAUGUCUAUCAUUGCGUACUUUGUAUGCAGAUUUUUUCUACCGCACAGAAAAAUCAGCAAUGCACGUCGAAGCAAACGUUCGACAAAUAUAUAGCUUCAUGUAUUUACUAUAACUUUUUCCUUCUAAUAUUACUUUUUUCUUACAAUAUAGUUUUAGAUUUAAUGUAAAUAAAAUAAUUAUCGUUUGUCAUACAAGUUGUAAAUUUUAUGACCGGCCGGUUGUGCAAUUAAAUUUAUAAGUUUUUUCGGGACAUAAAAUAACUCUGAUUUAUGUUAUGGUGCUUGUGCUCAAUUUAUUUAUUUAAAUUAUAAUAAUUAUUAGAAAGACGUUCUUGGACAAUUGUAUAAUUAUGUUCACUUUAUUUCAUUAUGUAUUUAAUUAGAACGUACGUUAUUUGUUUGAAAAAUAUUUUCAGGCUUUGUUCGCAAAGUAAUACAGAAAAUAUUUUGGUAAGUAAGUAUUAAUAAAAAUUCGUUGUGUUAAAAUUUA